AUGAAAUACGCCCACCUUUUUCUAGACCUGGUACGAGUGGGGAAACCGAGACGAAGACAGGAGGCGACGUGCACCCACUUGGCCAAGGAGCCCAUCUUCCGGGGGGCUGGAGCCCUUGCCCCGCGCUUCCCCAGCGGACGUCCCUACCCGGCGGGGGACUGCGCUGCGCCCCGGCGCCCCCGAGUGGAGGGAGAGGUAAGCAGGGAGCGCCGGGCGGGUGGGGCGGGGCGCGGUGACAACGCAGAGCCGGGCCCGCCCCUGGCUCCUACCCGCGGAGCCCACAGCGCCCGCCCGCUCGCGGCCGCCCGGGAGCUCGUCCAGCCCCGCGCUCCGCUCGCCCGCGCCCGUCCGCCGGCCGCCUGCGCUCGCCCAACCGCCGCCCGCGCCCGUCCGCCGGCCCCCGCGGCUCCACGGCUCGGUAAGCGUCCUACUGGCCAGGGGUCCCCCUCGUGCUCGCGGGGUUCCCUGCCCCCGCGCCGGGGCCCCAGCCAUAUCUGGGCAAAAUAUUCAGCUGUCGCCGCCGCAGCCGCCAGGAGGGACUGA